AUGAAUGUCACUUCCGCGCUACGCAGCCCCGAAAUGCUCGACUUUUUUCUGGAACAGUACACGGACGAACACUCCAAUUCCGCUGCUCUGGCACAACAGCUCCUCGAACGAUUCCCCGCCGAUGAAAUUCCAUACAUACUUCCAAACGAACAGGAACUCUUCUUUUACUCCAAAUACAGUCCCACAUUUCCGAGACAAAAACCAGAUCGUGCGUUCUUUUGGGAAUUGGUCAACAAACCCGCGGAUUCCAUACCCAUUAAACGAAUUCCAGGAACGGACAAGGCGGCUAGCGAACAAAAUUCGACCAACACCACCAGGCUAGCGCGUUGGUUUCUCCAUCCGAUUUACUACAAGGCGUACAUGAGGAAUGAAGAAGGAACGGUCAUUCCCAUUGAAGAUCCAGAAACACUCUCACUCAUUGAAGAACAAAUGCGUCAGUGGAUAGAAUUCCAUAUUGACUUUACCAACGAACUAUUUGAAAAACUACAACGAGAGCAAGCCGUUGGACUCGCCAUGCCAGGAGACGAAUUCGAUUUGGUCUUUGAAGGCAAUGAAUGGGUACAUCGACCGCAUCAUCCCAGCAGCGACGAUGGUAACAGCGACUCGAGACCAAGCCUGGACGAUAGUCCCGAUGACAAGCCUCCGUGUAAACCUGGAAGCGUCGAUUGCGAAGAUGACUACUUUGAACCUCUCAACGCGGUCCCCCCAGGAACCUACACGGAACCAUUGAUUGUACAGACGGAUGAAACAGCCACACGAACCGUGAAAGAAACGACUGGGUUGAUUGUAUUGUGCUCCACCAUUGGAUGCACCCUACUGUGGUCGCUGGUUGCCAUGGUGUAUCGACGUCGACGGUUCGAACAAGAAAAUUGGGGUGCCAACGUUGGUACCGAGCAUGCUUUGCAAGAGCUCCUCAGUGUUGGAUGGAAACUGCAGGAUCAACACGAGACGGGACAAGAGCCACGACAGGUGUUGGUGAUCUAUGACAAGACGGAACAUGCAAUGGGAUAUCGUGAUGAAGACUCGCUAUUGAUGGGUGGCAUGGCUCCGCCGCUGUUUCCUGGGAUUACAGACUGA